AUGGAUGAUCAAAGAGACAAGCUGUUGCAUGAGUGUUAUGUUGUACAGAAACGGCUUCAAGAGUGCAAUGUCAAGUUCCACAUAGAAGAGGAGAGCAAGUUAAUAAUGGACUCAUCUUCUCCAUCUGAAGCCAUGGAGCUCCUAGCAACUUCUGAUAACCGAAUAGGUCUCCUAAUUGCUGAGGUAGAAAAGAUGAAGCUAACAACAUCAGAAGAUAAUCCCGGAACAGAUUAUCUAGUAAGGAAGAUGCUAACAGAGGUCCUGACUGAUAAUGCAAGACUCAGAAAGCAAGUGAACUCUCUUCUUCGUUGCUCUUUGUCUGGACAUGGAGUACAAUUUUGA